AGGUGGGCGACGGGCUGCACAUGUCCAUGAAGCAAAACGGGUAGAGCAAUCGCGCUUCAUGCUUAUGCAACAUAACAGCUAGAAGUAUUGAGCCAUCUUGGCUCAAGGACCGGCUCAAGAUCUUAAAGGCUAUAACCGUCUGCAGCGUACCACGUCGUACCGCAUCUGUCGUGCUGCGGUAACGGGCACACCGCUGUUUUGCCGCAGUGCUGAUAUCAGCAGCAUGUGCACUGCGCCUUGACGCAGUUACCCCAUGUCGCAGCACGGCGUCGCCCUUCCAGUCUUGGGGUGUUGCCCCCCCCCCCCCCCGCCUCCGAGCGAGGGCGAGCAACUCUCCGUGGGCAGAUCUGAGCAGCAAGCGAAGUAUGCAGAUCGGCUGGGCGAGCGCUCGCCGAACCUCUUCAAAGUUGGAUGUGACGCAACAGAAGUUCACGGUCACACGUGCCAGCUCUGUGCCGGCACCUUCAUGCGGGCGCUUUCUUUUUCGAGUAGCGGCAUUGACACCGUACCAGGGCUCUCGCACAGAAACCACGAGGCUGAGUUGUUGUUCCAAAUGGUUGAGCACAGUUAGCAGUUUUUACAUGCUUGAGCGUCGCGAGCAGGAGAUCCCGGUCCAUCACACUCAAUUCCCUGGUUGGACCUCGGCCAGGGUAGACUGACCUCCGAACGGGACCGCCGCCUUGCACAAGGGAAAGCGGCCCUUCUGUGUUUGUCAAGAGUACGAAACAGCAAGCAAACUUCGUGGAUACAAGGUGCGACGUGUUCAUAACUCAUUUCAGCAACCUGCAAUUCAAACCGAGACAGCUCCAGUGCCUCAUCUUUCCGCGAUUUCGGGAUGCGUUGGUUGAGUGCGACUCAGGACUGCACGUGACGAGGACGACGCCGCGCUGCAGCCGCUCUUAACAGUUUGCCAAACGAGUCGGUCGAUUGACAGCAGGUCCAUGGCAUUCAUGCGAGGGGCAUGCUGGAAAGGCCAUUACCCGACAGCUGAUUUCUGGCUGCGUGUUGAGUUGUUUGAGGAUGUAGCUGAAGGCUCGGGAAGCAUAUUCAGAAGCUCUGGGCCAGUUUAGUGGUCAGGACAAGCUCCCCCCCGGAAUCUCAACACAUUGUGACGCCAAGUCUGUCUGAAUAUGGCGUGCCACAGGAAUUCGCAGCUCCUCUUGCGACACGGUGGUACUAGCAUGAGAGCCAUUCAAGUUGCAGUGGUGCUCCAAAGCACUCAUGAGCCUGGUGCCAUGCAGGAGAAGAUCGUACGUGCGUGGCUGGCAAGGACGGUGCCUGUGUAUGUUGGACCCUCGGAGGCUUUGACGGGUUUAGUUCCGAGAGUUUCAUUCACUGUGGGCUUGACAGUUUGGAAUCGACACUUGACAUGAUCUGGGCUCUGAUGCGGUCAGCAGGCAUCCAGGUUUCCGUGAGGACGAGGAGGGCUCUCUUGAGUUCAGGCAGAUUGCGAAGCUCACGACGGCGCUAUUUGCCAGCGAUCUCCAGCAGCGCCUGUUGCAAAAUCAGAGCCACCGACCCGAACGAUAAGACCUGGGCGCGAAAGGUCCAUACUCCAAGGGCGAGUCGAUAAAAUAUCCCGUCUCGAAAAUGAAAGGUUCUGCACAGCGUUUUCGCAAAGUCCUCACGACGCCGAUGGAGCAAAUCGCGCCCUUCUUGUCUGCAGCAAGGGCAAACGUGGCAUCACAGGCUGAUCGGACGCAGGCACGACACGCAGGGCGCUACUUCGGCAUAGCCUUUGCUGUGGACGCACUCCUCUGUCUCGCCCUCCGCGCGCGCGGAGGAGGUGGCAGAGCCGUUGCGCAUAGAUGUGCAAUCAUAUACCUACCUUUUCAUAAGCAGCGCAUUCGCUACCCGCUGCGAUUCCUGUAUCGGACAAUCACACACGAAUCCAAACUACCGGGACGGGCCCAGUUUAGCGAACGUGUAUGUGUAUUGGUUGGAG